UCAGUCCACCUAAACUCUACCCCUUCUUGUGUUGUACGGUUACCAUGUAGUACGGAAAAUAUAUUUAUAACUCAACCUUAAAAAUGGAUUUUUCCGGAUAAUUUAAAAAAAAGAUAGAUCAAAACAAUGUCUGAAGUGGACUCUUUAAUUAACUCGGAGUGCGGCGACCCGCUGGAGUACGGCAGGAGGUCCAGCUGCUCAUUAAGAAGCAUGACCAGAAGAACAACCCCCGUACUGGCCUCAACACCAAACAGACGGACACCGACAUUUAAAGGAAGCGCAACAUUUAUGAGAUCUACAUCAUCUUCAUCAAACAAUAAAGCAGAUGACGACUCUGAAAAAAUUGCAAUAAAAAACUUACUACAAAGUCGUCUGCUAAUCACGCAAACCGGAUAUGAAGAUGACGACGAUAUCGAUCUAAUUAGUUUUCAAAAUGGACGUAUGUCACGUGACACUGAUUAUGAAACUGACUUGGAGAUGGAUUAUGAUGAAUGGAUUGCAGAAGACACAAACGAACUGAAAAACGACGCAUCGGAAGAGAAGAAAUACAUACAUAUGUGUAAUCAAACUGGUGAGAUCCCUAUAUCAUAUUUUCUUCGACACAUCAAAGACACAAAAUUCCGUAUGAGAUAUCAUGGACUCGGACCAAAUGGAGCCAAAGCUAUAUCAAUGCCAUUAAAGGACAAUCAUAGUAUUGAAGUGUUAGAUUUAGAGGGAAACUGGAUAGAGAAGGAAGGAACCAUUCAUCUUACAGAAAUGAUUAAAGAAAACCUUAACCUCACAGAAGUUAACAUAGCAGAAAACCGACUAGGUCGAGAUGGGGCAGACGCAAUAUGUGAAAUGUUAUAUAAGAAUGAAUCUUUGAAAUCGUUAAAUAUGUCAGGUAAUUAUCUUCACGAUUACGGUGCAUCCAAGGUGUGCGAUAUGUUGAAGAAGAACACCACUUUAAGACAUUUGUAUCUAAGUAAUAAUAAAUUCGAAGAGAGAGCCGCGCAGUGUUUCAAAGAAGCUUUGAGUCACAACGAAACACUGUUGACGUUAGACCUAAGCUGGAAUCACUUCCGGACGAACGGGGCUGUGGCAUUAGCUGAAGGUGUUCAGGAAAAUUACGGGUUGAAGAGUUUUAAUGUAUGUAUGAAUGGAUUUAGUGAAAUGGGUGCGGAGGCCCUUGGUAGAGCGUUGAAACACAACCGUGGUCUCACAGAACUCGAUGUUAGUCAUAACAGAAUAGCAGAUCAUGGUGCUGGACAUAUUGCUCUUGGCUUACAGACUAACGAUGUACUCAAAGUACUGAAGAUUGGAUAUAAUCCUAUUGGUGAAGAUGGUUCAAUGGCAUUACUUAUGUCAAUAUCUAAAAAUGAUAUGAGCGGAAUGACAAGGCUAGAUCUAUCGGAUAUAUUCGUGUCAAAGGACUUCAGGGCUGUGCAAAAUAAACUUGAAUCCGAACGUGCCUUUACUGUUAUUCAUGCAGGUGUGAUAAUGGAUAAAGAGAAUAUUGCGGAAGGUGCAGAAAAAGAAGUUUUGGAAACGUUUCGUAGAAACCCGUAUGAGAAGUUGAAGAAAUACGUGAAGUCUGCUGGAUAUCGGCUGAUUGAUCUCUUCAAAGAUUUUGAUAAAGAUGGCAGUGACACGAUUACAACUGAAGAAUUUACAAAAGGUUUAGAGUUGGCCGGUGUUUCAAUAACUAGAAGUGAAAUAAUGCAGCUGAUCGAGCAGCUAGACAUUAACAAAGACGGAAUGAUUGAUUUCCGUGAGCUUGUUUUGGGUGAUAGAGAAUACCGGAAGUCGUUGGUGGAAGAGCUACAGUGCCCGGAUGAACGCAAGAUUCAGAAAGAUCCAAAUAGAUUACAGAGGGAAAGAUCUUUAAUGUUGGAUGACAUAAUAAAUAGCUGAAAAGAAAUAUUGUUUGAUAUGCAAAAAUACAUUGACAACAGUUAUAAACAAUGUGCUAGCUCGGCAUUUUAGUAUGACUGUUAAAGUUAUACAUAGUACUUAAUCAUAGUACCUAAUUAUGCAACUAAAAGAAAAAAGGUGUUUAUUACUUGAAAACAAUUGUUAUAUUGAGUUAAAUUGUGAAAGAACAAUUUGUGAAAGUGAAGAUAAAGAAUUGUGCAGAUAUCAGUAACUUAUCAGUUGGUCACCACGGUUAACUAGUAUUCUGUUAUUUUGUUAUUUUAGAUUUAAGACUUGUUGUACCUACCCGUGCACGGGCAUUUCUUCUGUGAUAUUGUAACACGUGUUUUGUACAUUAUUUGUAAUAAUUUGUUAUAUCUCACAGAAAUGAUUAUUAUGUAUAAAAUGUAUCAUUAAAUAAAUGAUGAAUUU